AGCAAGAAUCUCUUAUCUGUUAGCACCGUCUCUGGUUCCUCCAUGGGUCUAUCGAGUCUCAGUGGCUAAUCCUUCAUAUCUAUUUUUCCUCAGUUGCUCACACUAUAGACCUUCACUUCGUUCUCUUUGUUUUGAUUCUCCCGUUCGGAUCCAUCGGAAUUAAAAGUGGAGGAACUGAAGGUUUUUGCAAUUUCUGUCCGUGAUUGGUGAUCUGAGGUUUUGAUUUGAAUCUGACAGGAGGCGAGAGAUGGCGUUAUUGCAAGGACCAGUCAUUUGCCCAACUGUCCUCUCAGAACUGGCUGUAGGGUAUACUUUCCCAGUGAGUGGCCCUCUGAUGAAGGCUAGGUUACUUGGAAGUGAGCUAUGGGGAUUCAAGGGGUUCAGCUGCAACACUAAGUUGGGUCUAUCUUAUGGUCAACUGACUGUGCGAAAGUGCAAGACGGUGAAGUGUACUUUAAGUUCAUCCUCAGAUGGUAAUGGCAGCACCGCUGAAAACUUCAAUGAGGGCCAUGAAGAUUAUGUCAACUCUAGUGUUAUUGAAGCCGUCGAGGUAAAGAGUGGAGUUGAUGGUUUCAUGGUUAAAAUGAGGGAUGGUAGGCACCUGAGAUGUGUCCAUAACAACCCUCAAGGUGGGCAUCUCCGAGAUUAUGCUCCACAUCCAGCAAUUGUAUUGAAGAUGGAAGAUGGGACCGGUCUUCUCCUCCCUAUAAUCGUCUUGGAGAUGCCAAGUGUCCUGCUUAUGGCUGCAUUGCGUAAUGUCCAAAUUGCUAGACCCACGAUGUACCAAGUGGUGCAGGAGAUGAUUGACAAGAUGGGCUAUCAAGUUAAACUUGUUAGAGUUACAAAGAGAGUGCAUGAGGCAUAUUUUGCUCAGUUGUACCUGACAAAGGUUGGUAAUGAAACUGAGAGUGCCAGCUUUGACCUUCGCCCUUCAGAUGCCAUCAACAUUGCAGUGAGAUGCAAGGUGCCGAUACAAGUGAACAAGUACUUGGCAUACAGUGAUGGGAUGAGAGUAAUUGAGUCUGGCAAGCUAUCAUCACAUAUCCCGGCUUCAGAUGGCUUAUUGUUCACAGAGUUGGAUCGGCCCAGUAGCCAGCCUUGUCUUGAUACGAAGGAAUUUGAUCUUGUGAGCAACAUGAUGAAGGCUGCUGUUGAUGAACGCUACGGAGAUGCGGCUCAAUGGAGGGACAAACUUGGCCAAUUUAGGGCUAAAAGAAACCUGAGGAAGUACACAUAACAGGUUGCAACACAGUGAAAACUCCAACUAACGAGUUCAUCUUCUCUUUUGAUCUUUAAUGUCUCAGUCACCCUCGGAAUAUGUAAAUAGAAACAAUUGGUCGAACACGCACAGCUGUAUAGAGUCAGCAAUUUCUUCCCCUUCUGUCUCCUACAUAUGUAGCCAGCUUGUGAAUAUAUGUAUAGUCUAAAGUUUAAACUUCUGCACUGAUGUAAUAUUGAUGCAUAUGCACUCUGGUUGAGUUGUGGUUAUACAUGUGUUUAUGCAAAUUGUUCUUUUCAUCUUC